AAUACAUGAGAUAAUAUAAUACUGCUGCAAGCAAGAGAAACAAAAACCAAAGCUCGAAGCUCAAAUCCCGAUAAAAUUAAUUUAAAAAUAAAAAACUAUAUAGCAAACGCUAUCAUCCUCAUUUCUUUAACCAUGAAUCCUUUCUAUUUGUUUCGAAAAGGAUUUGGUUAGUGUUAGUGGAACUCUCUGCAUUAGUUUCUUUUUUCCGUGUAGAAUCUGUUUUUUGCUCUUUUUUCCUUUUAAGUAAAGAAUGAGCUUAUCUAAGAAAGGGAUCCCACAAAUGAAUACCCCUAGCAAGGUAACAACUUUGAAUCCUAAUGCAGCAGAGUUCGUUCCCUUUUCUCUUAGGUCACCAUCCUCAGGAAGCUCUAGUGCAGUUGAUGCAACAAGGUUUGCUAUUUCUAGAACUAUAGGAAAAGCAGUGCUUGAUCGGUCUGAGUCUUCUAUUUCAAAUAAUUCUGAUGAUGAGGCUCAUCAGUUCUGGUGUCGCCAGCUCCCUGAUGACAUUACUCCAGACUUUAAGGUUAUUAAUGAGGAUGAUUGUCAAGAAUCUGGAUCUGGGAGCCUUUCUUUAGCAGGUUUAUCCUUGCAUGGUGGUAGUGAAGCAUCAGGAUUUCCUGCUUCUGCUGCUGGUGGAUAUAUAUUUGGUAAUCAGCAACUACUGCAUCAUAACGUUAAUGGUAAUGGCAUUGCUGAAAAAUUGAGACAUCCUUCUUCAUUCCUUGGAUGGAAUCCUACCUCAGCUAGUUUUUUGCAUUUGCCUGCCAAAACUUGGGACAAGCAACUUGUUACUGCUGAUCAGCUACUCUGCAAUGGGAGGGAAGGGCAACCAUAUAAAGGAAAUUCUAGACAUAGGUUCGCUAAUGAUUCGUUGGGUGAGCACAAAAUUAUGGAUGGUCCUGAAAUGAAUCCUGUAGAAUUUUUGGCUUCUCAAUUUCCUGAACUUGCUACCGAAAUCCUUGCUGAAGUUUAUUUUGCCAAUGGUUGUAACUUAAAUCUGACUAUUGAGAUGCUGACUCAACUUGAGCUUCAAGUUGAUGGUGGUUUCAACCUUAACCUGAAUUCAAAAACCUUGUCACCUCCCAAUCUGAGUACACUAGGCUGCCCUGCGGUUACUGUGUUAGAUGAUCAGAGUGGUCCUACAAAAUAUGGAGGAGAUUAUCUUCAUCAUAGUGCCACUCCUCAUCAAUCAACUGAAAAGAACAAGAUUCUUAUGUUCAAAUCCAGUUCUUCCCUUCCACCUACAGGUGCCUUGGAUUUUACUUCAGGUAUCAGGAAAAUGACAUCUCAAGAUUCUGGAGUAUGGAAGUUUGAUGGAAAUGGUUCUCCUGAUUCAAUUGUUGGGUCAAGUAGAAAUUCUCACGGGUUGGCUAAUACGUACAGUGCUGCACCUGGAAGAGGGGUUUAUGCUAAUAGGUUGCAUACACAUGAGUCAGCUCAUUCAGCUCCUGUUUUUCCUGAGACUAGAGAUUCAAUGGCAAAUUUAUACUCUGAACUGUGGGAAGAAUCUCAAGACAAUGCAGGUUCUCGUAAUGCAUAUUUUGACCAGGCGCGCCAAGGAUUUCUUAUUGGCAAUAAGGCUCUUGCAAAGGAACUUAGCAUGAAAGGACCACUGCAGAGUAUGCAUAUGAAGGCAGCUCAUGGAAAUGCUGAAGAAUCCAUCUAUAGCCAGAGGAACCAAGUUCAUCCCGAGAUUCUUGGAGGUCCGCAACGGAUGAUAGACCUGCAUGGAUUGCAUGUUACUGAAGCCAUUCAUAUGCUCAAGUAUGAGCUAUCAGUGCUGAGGAGCACAGCAAGGGCAGCAGAUCAGCGCCUGCAGGUUUAUAUAAGUGUUGGAAGUGGCCACCAGGCAAGAGGUUCUCGUAUUCCAGCUAGACUUCCAGUUGCUGUACAACAUUAUCUCCUUGAAGAAGAGUGCCUUGGCUAUACUGAACCACAGCCAGGGCUACUUCGAGUUGUGAUAUAUUGAAGCCAUGAACUUGACAGCAUGAGUUCCCGGAGUUUUUUAUACAAGAAGAAAAAGAAGAAGGAAUCAAGUGUAGCCAAUUUUGUAUCCAUACAUGGGAGGAAAGGAAAUGGAAGUAUUUAAAGUUGGGAAAAAGAA